AUGUCUUCUGAUGAGGGGUCCCAAAAUGCAUUGCCGAAAGAGCUCAUGGAGCUCCAAUUAGGCCAAAUUGACCUCCUCAUGGCGAUGUAUGCGUCGGAUGAUGCGAUAGCCAUAGACUCUGCGGACUCUGGCCUGAUCGAGAGAUUGAGGGACUGGUGUGAAAGCGACGGGGAAGCCACACCAAAUUUCUCAGAGACAGUCAUAAAUCUUCAGCUCAGGGUCGAUGUUGAAGACGAAGAUACUUCUACAAGAACUCUACAGCUCACAUUGACAGUACCGUUGAAAUGUCAAAAGCAAGAAGAACUAACGGAACCACCACCAAUAAAGACCAGGAUACAACAACCGGACUGGAUGAGCAAAGGAGAUGUUGCAAAGCUGAACACUGAGAUUCCCGAAGAGGACAUUCUUUCUGUCAUUGAGCAUAUAAAAGACGCCGCAUCUCAACACCUCUUGAAUAUGAAGCAAGCAGAAAUUGCAAAUGCUCCAAUAGUAGACACCUCGCUAGUCCGAGUCUGGUUCUACUUCCCCUCCAUCAGCACAAGGGCAAAGCGUGAUGACUUUAUCAACUAUGCACCGACCUACGGACUCACUGGAUUUCUCCUUGCCGGGAAGCCGGGUAUCUUGUGUCUAGAAGGGGGAUCGGUCGCCAUUGACGACUUUAUGAAGUUCAUCAAGACAGAAAGCUGGGGCGAUAUCCCUGCGCAUCACAAAAAGGUCAGCGAGAGAUAUCGGGAAGAAGCGGUGGACCUGAAGCGUGCAUUUCCGGAUAUGCAAGAGAUCACAGAUAUGAUUGAGAAGAGAGGAGCGAGGGGCAACCGUGGUGAUAUGAAGGCACUAGAAGCAUGGCUGGUUGAGUGUGGACUUGGUGAUGCAUUCGGCAAGAUUUUGAUGUGA